AUGAAUUUCACAAAUCUGGAUGAGCGUUUCUCGUUGAUGAAUGAUAGACAACAGCUUCAUAUUGAAGAAGCGACACCACAAGAUGCUGGAAGGUAUUCUUGUGUUGCCGAGAAUCGUCAAGGAAGAGCCGAGAAGGAUUUGACUGUCGAAAUUUUGAAGCCACCAAAGAUGACUGAUAAACAGCAUCAACGAGAGGUGCUUGAGGGACAAUCAUUGACUUUGCAAUGUCCUAUUGAGGAUCAAACCGCUGAGAUCACGUGGACGAAACAUGGAGUGCCGAUCACUACAUCACAAAGGCUUCAGAUGUCGAUUGGAAGAGAUAAGCUUCAUAUUAUGGGUGCUGAAUCUUCUGAUAUGGCUCAAUAUUCCUGCACAGCGAAGAAUCUCGCCGGCGAGGAUUCCUCGAAUUUCAAUGUCACUGUAGCAACUCCGCCAAAGAUCCUCUCACCAGCCUUUCGCCAAUUGGAUGUGAUUAUGAAUCAAACGGUGGAAAUCGAUUGUGAAACAACUGGCACACCAUCGCCAACAAUUGAAUGGACAAGAGACGGGAAAACACUUCAAAAUCAACCAAAUAUCAAAAUUGAUGAGAAUGGAAAAGUGCUUCGAAUCGUUGGAGUGAAAGAGAGCGAUGCCGGGCGGUACAGUUGCAAGGCGGAGAAUAAAGCGGGACAAGCUGAAGCGGAUACAUUUAUUUCUGUGAUUUCUCCACCACAAGUUUCAAUGGUUGCCGAUGAGCAGAAAGUGAUUGCCAGUCAUGGGAUCACCAUUCGAUGUGAGGUUUUCGGAAAUCCCCAACCUGAAGUGGAAUGGCAAAAGAAUGGCCAACCAUUCACUCAAGGAAUUCUUCAAUCACAAACAUUCAUUCACAUACAAGAUGCUAAACCUGAAGAUGCUGGAAGAUACACUUGCAUUGGAACGAAUCGAGCUGGAGAACAACGCGCGAGCACUCAACUCCAUGUGCUCACUCCACCUUCAAUCGAGAAUGAGGAAAGACUCUUGCAAGUGAAAGAGGGAUCUGAUCUCACAAUUGAUUGUGCUGCAAGUGGAAAUCCAACACCAACAAUUUCAUGGAAACGAGAUGGUGUUCUCAUUAAGAACCAAAAUUCUUCAAAGCUUCUCAUUUCCUCAGCAAAUGCUACUGAUGCGGGCAAAUACACGUGUGAAGCGAGGAAUGAGGCUGGAGUAGCGAGAGCUGAUUUUGCUGUCGAUGUCUUGAUUAAACCUAGAUUCAAAGAUGCUAAGAAAGUGAUUAAAGUGAUAAAUGGAGAGAAUGCAAGGCUUGAGUGCAAGGCUGAAGGACAUCCAACUCCAACUAUCAAAUGGCUGAAAGGUGGUCGACCGUUAGACGUUGAAGAAAUGGAUAAUUUGAUUCUUUCGCCAAGAGGAGAAACGUUAAUGAUUGUAAAAACGAAAAGAGCUGAUGCUGGAUCGUACAGUUGUGUAGCCAAGAAUGCCGCUGGAGAAGCUGAACAUCCAUUCACGGUUGAAGUGCUGACCCCUCCACACAUAGACGAAACAAUCGAUCAAAACCCUCGUGUUGUUCAAGGAAAAGAUCUCGUCUUUAUGUGUCCAGUACUUGGAAAUCCGGAUCCAAAGGUUGAAUGGCUUAAAGACGGUCAAUCACUAAAAAUCGGUGGUCGUUUCAAAGUGAACAGUGGAAAGCAUUUGCAAAUCGAGAAAUCAUCGAAAGCCGAUGAAGCGCGGUACACUUGCCAUGCAAAGAACGAUGCCGGAGUGCUGGACACUGAUUUCAAGCCGGAAGUCAUUGCACCUCCAAAAUUCAAUAGAACUGGAGAAUCGGUGUAUGAAGUGAUCGCCGGUGAGACGAUUGUGAUGGACUGCGCAGUGGCCACUGAACCAAAACCGGAAGUGCUCUGGUUUAGAGGAGACAACGCUCUCGUGCUCACUAAUCAAAUGCAACUUAGUCCGGAUUCAAUGCAACUUACCAUUCGACAAGCUGCGUUAGCUGAUGGGGGAAAGUAUGUAUGUCGAGCGACGAAUGAAGCCGGAUCAUCGGAUAUUGAUCUUAUUUUAAAGGUUCUUAUUCCACCAAAGAUUGACCGCUCAAAUAUUAUUGGAAACCCAUUGGCUAUCGUCAACAAGAGCAUUGUUCUUGAGUGUCCGGUAAAUGGAAUCCCUCAACCGAGUGUCAUAUGGACAAUCGACGGGAAACCCAUCGAUCCAAAGGACACAAGGAUUAAACUGCAUCAGAAAAAUCAGACGAUCUCUAUUGACCGAGUGAAACCAACAGAUCAGGCUCGAUUCACUUGUAUUGCGACGAACAAAGGAGGACAAACUGAUCAAGAUUUCCAUUUGGAAGUUUUGAAUCCACCACAUCUCGACUCAAGUGACUCACAGAAAUUGGUCAAGAGAGAAGGAGAAGUGGUGACUAUGGUCUGUCCGGUGAGAUCUGUUUUGGAUGGAUCUGAACCCACUGAAGUGUCAUGGAUCAAAGACGGACGACCGGUUGAUCACAGUCAAGAAGGAAAUAUCAAGCUAACAUCCGACAAUCGCCGUUUGACCAUUCAAUCGGCGACAUUAAGCGACGCUGGAGCGUACACUUGUGUCGCAAUGAAUCGAGCUGGAGAAUCAACGCUCGAUUUCUCGCUUGAGAUUCUAUCACCACCAUCCAUUGAUACGUCGAAGGGAACAGAGACAUCGGCACGAGUCAUCGUUGGGAAUACAGCACAAUUACUAUGCCCAGUCUCUGGUCAUCCAUUCCCGACAGUGAAAUGGACAAAGGACGGAAAAGAGAUGAUUCCAUCAGACAAUGUUCGGGUGAUUGACAGUGGACAAAUCCUCGAGAUUCUCAAUGCUCGACCCGAGGAUGAAGGCCGAUGGAUUUGUACAGCCGAGAAUGACGCUGGUACAAAAGAUCUCGAGAUUGAGCUGGAUGUUUGGGUGCCACCAAAGGUCGCAGUUCAUUCGGAAAAUCCGACAAAAGCACUCGGUCAAUCAGUGAUUAUCAAUUGCAAUGUGAGCGGAAAUCCAACACCGAGAAUCUCUUGGACAAAGGGUGGAGCGCCGAUUCUCAUCGACAAUCUGAAUACAAGGAUCAGUUUGAAAGGCACCCGUCUGGACAUUCCGAAACUCGAGAGAAACGAUGUUGGAAUUUACACAUGUGUGGCUGAGAAUGAGGCUGGGACAGCUGAGGCCAGCAUCACUGUUGAUGUGCUUGUGCCACCAGUGAUCAGCAGAGACAAUAUCGACAUGUCCCCGAGACUUCCAACCGGUCAAACACUGACCCUCAACUGUGAUGGUGGAGGAAAACCAACCCCGAAAUUACGAUGGUUUGUUAAUGACACCGAGUUGACCACUUCCAAUGGAGAUAUUCUCAUUGGAACCGACAACAAGUACAUUCAAAUCAACAACAUCACUCUCGAGGAUCGGGGAUUGUACAAAUGUGUGGCAGAGAAUGUAGCCGGAAAUGAUACUUUGCUGUACAAUGUUGAUGUCGUUCAAUCGCCAACCAUUCAAAACGGUGGAACUCAGCAAGUGAUUGAGGGUGACACGGCGAUUAUCGAAUGUGCGGCUGAUGGACAUCCAGCACCGAUUGUUUCAUGGUUGAGAAAUGGAGUCCGUUUAGAGACAGGGAUCACUGGAGUCAGAUAUCAUGCUGAGGGAAGCACUUUGAAGGUGGUCGAUGCAAGAAGCAGUGACUCGGGUAUUUACGUCUGUCAGGCGACGAAUGAGGCUGGAACUGCUCAACAAGCGUAUACCCUGGAAGUGUUAGUCUCUCCGAAAAUCACAACCACCUCUCCCGAGAUGGGAUCGGUUCCUUUGGGGCAACCGUUCUCGUUGAAAUGUGGCGUGAAAGGAUAUCCGGAUCCACAGAUCAUUUGGACGCUUGAGGAUGAGUUGUUGGUGAAUGGAUUGGACGGGAACACAAUUGCCGAAGACGGAACUCUCUUCGUUCAAUCCUCGAAAGGGAAAGAAGCUCACUAUCGAUGUACAGCGAAAAACGAUGCUGGCACGGAUCACGUCGAGUACACUGUAAAAACAAUUAGUGCUCCGGUGUUGACGAAAGAUGGAUCGAGGGUGAUGAAUGCAACGGAAAGUGAACCGGUUGUGAUCACAUGUGAUGUAGAGGGCGAUUCGCCGACAAUUCACUGGCAAAAGAAUGGAGUUACCGUUGCCACUACAUCAAACGUUGGUUUUAAUGAUGAUAAGACAACACUCUCGUUCCAAGGCGUCAAACUCAAUGAUGAGGGUGAAUAUACAUGUGUGGCGACGAACUCGGCUGGCAAUGUCACUCAGCAAAUUCAGCUUUAUGUUGGAGUUCCACCAAAGAUCGCUGACAAACCGAGAAGAACUGUGGCAAAGGAGGGUGAAAGUGUGGAAUUGUGGUGUGAGGCGUUAGGAGUGCCACCACCAAAAAUCAUCUGGUUACGGGACAAUGUCUCACUAGCACACACUGCUAUCGCGGAUCACGCGGAAAGUCAGAAAGCGAUUGCGAUUUUCAAGGCAAUCACUGCGAACGAGUCAGGCGUUUACACGUGUAAAGCGGAGAAUUGGGCGGGCACAUCGUUUAAAGAUAUGGAUCUCGUAGUGAUCACUCCACCAGCUGUUCAUCCAGAAAAGGCGAAUGUGACAGCGAAUCCCCGAGAAACAGUUUAUUUACAUUGUAAUGCAACCGGAAAUCCCGAGCCAGUCGUCUCAUGGGUCAAAGCACCAAACACCGAAAUAUCCGCUAGUGAAAAAUAUCAAUUGCUGGGCACCACAUUAGCAAUUCGAAAUGUUCUUCCCGAAGAUGAGGCUUUCUAUCAUUGUGUGGCAAAGAGUGAAGCUGGACAGGCACUUGGAUCGAGGAGAUUAUUGGUGUUAAGACCAGAAAAUAAAGCGAAACCGAUUUGGGUGGAAUGUGAUGAGAGUGGACGACCGGUGAAGACAUCGUUUGUGCCGGGAAGGGGAGAUUUGCCUGAUGAUAACACUCAAUUGUUGCCUUGGGGUGAAGUGCAGGACACUUCCCUUGACGGCACAAAUCUCACAUGGAAAUGUCUGCCCGGCCCUCGAGGUCCUCGUUCAGGUGUUGUCCUUCCAUCAACCGCUCCUCAUUUCAUUCAUCAACCAAAGUCCACCGAUUUAUUACUCGGUCAAACAACUACAUUGACAUGCAGUGCUGAGGGUCCACCAGUUCCUGAAAUCGUUUGGGCAAAGGAUGGGAAAAGAUUGAAUGAUGUUCCACCAGCUAGUGGCUACUCACAACUUGUGGUGAAAAUGGACACACCAAAGCAUGGUGGCAAUUUCACAUGCAUUGCCACGAAUAGCGUUGGAAAAAGUGAGAGUACGGCAUUGGUUGAAUACGCCGAGCCACCGCCAGAUGAUGUUGUUUAUGAGGAUUAUGAUGGAGAGCUCACUACAGUCAUGUAUCCGAAAAAGAAAGUGGCGUUGAUGGAAUGUUUGGAUAGAGGAAAUGCUCAGCAAACGGGAAUGACAUGGAUGCACGGUGAUCGGCCGGUUGAUCCAAAGACUGAACCGGUGAUCUUAUUGAAUAAUGGUUCGAUGGUUGUGCUGGAUGCGGAUAGUAUUACGGCUGAUGAGCUCAAGUUGUACAAUUGCCGAAUCGGGAAAAGGAAGAAGAAAUCUAGGACACAUUUGAUGGAAAUUGACGACACUCCACCAAAAGUUACCACACCCGAACGAGUCCGCGCUCAAGAGGGACAAGAAGCUGUUAUUGAUUGCAAGCUCGACGGUCAACCAUUGACCACCGAUAUCAAAUGGAUGAAGAACAAUCAACCAUUGAUCCCAUCAGAUUCUGUUUAUAUUUUGCCAAAUAACUCUUUGUGGAUUGAAGAGGCAAGAGGUGAGGAUAUUGGAGAGUACAAAUGUCGAGCAGCGAACACCCUUGGAACGGCUUUUGAUGAUACAGUGUUGCAUCUACAAGAUGAUGCAAUCGGUAUUCUGGACGAGUAUGACGAUGGUGAAAGCAGUGGUCGUUUAAUGAUCCAACCACCAACCCUUGCCCCACUGCAACGAAUCGAGUUCACCAAAAAGCAAAAAACUGCACGGGAUUUGAUCGAGGAGUUGCUGCAUAGAAAUGUUGUCAAGCAAUUGCCGAAUGCGACAGAGAUUCCCGAAGUUUACGAUAAGAAGAUCGAUUUCAAGUUCAGCACCGGGGAUAGAUAUGAGGCUGAGCAAAAAGUCAACCGAACUGAUCAAAUUCAUCCGAUUAUUGAGAAAUUCUCGGGCAGCUUGCCGUUUGAUAACAAUACGGAGGAAGCUCGUCUGGAGAAUGUGACGACUAGGAUUACAGAGAUUGCACCCGGAGAGUUUGUGGCUGUCGGAAAAGCGGGAUUGGUGGUCGGCGAUGAGAUCGUUGAUAUAGCGACGUAUGAGAAGCUGAAGUUCAACAUGUCCGAUAUGACCAUUCAACCGGGAAGAUCGAUCAGACUCGAAAUGGAGUUUCUUGAUGGAAAUCGAAACGCCACCGUUCAUCCACACGAGGAAGAGGAUUGUGGAGAAGGAUUUGAAACUGAUGAACAAGGAUAUUGUCAAGAUAUUGAUGAAUGCUCUAAUAAUGCCACUCUUUGCGACUCAUAUUCUCUUUGUGAAAACAUUGAUGGAACCUAUGAGUGUCAACCACUUUGCGAGCCUGGAUUUAGACCAAGACUUGACGAUGGAACUUGUGUGGACGUUGAUGAAUGUGAGAAGAAUCCAUGCAGAGAGACCGAGUACUGUAUGAAUAUUGAUGGUUCAUACACUUGUUUGGACAAAAACCCGUGUCAACCCGGCUUCGUCUACAACUCUCAUACGGAUCUUUGUGAAGAUAUCGAUGAAUGUCAGCUGGAAAACUCGUGUACUGGAAAUUUGCGUUGUGUGAACCAAUUGGGCUCGUACAUUUGCUUGUGUCCAAAUGGGCAUGCUCCAAGAAAUGGAACUUGUGCAAUGAUCAAGCACCGAAUCGCUAAUCAAACUCACGGAAAAUUGCAUAAAUGUUUACCCGGUUUCCACUGGGAUCACAAUUUUCACGAUUGUGUUGAUGUUGAUGAGUGUGUUCACGAUUGGAAAUGCGAAUGGAAAUGCGUAAAUAACGUUGGAGGUUAUGAGUGUCUUUGCCCGGAUGGUUAUUAUUUGGGUGAUGAUAACAAGUGUAAAGAUAUCGAUGAGUGCACGAAUGACACAAUAUGCGUGGGAACAGGCGGAGCAGAGCUUUGCUUUAACAACUUUGGUGGUUAUCAGUGUCUCGAGCAUCCUUGCCCUAAAAACUAUCACAUUGUUGGGCAAAGUGAAUGCCAUCAUGAUUGUUAUGACUGCCAUAAACCGAUCAUCCGACUACAAAUGCUUCCCGUUGUCGCAUCUGUUCCAAUCAACAGUGCUUUGGCUAAGUUGACUGCAUACGAUAAGCAGUCAAGGAUAGUUAACGAUACAAUAUAUACAAUAUCGGAAAAUCAAGAUGAUGAGAAAUCGAGUGGCAAAACGACAGCUGGAAGCUAUGGAAUUCGAACCGAUCACGGUCAGGCGACAAUUCUUUCAGCUGCUUCGCUAGCCAUCGAUAAGACAACAAAAUUGAGAGUAUUCGCCGAAAGUGAAACCAACGACAAUUCCCACUAUUUACUUCACGUUCACGUCUCAAAAUACAAUUUC